GGCUGGUAUUACCUACUGGGGGAAGAGCUGGGGAAGACCAAGCACCUGAGAGUGUCCUCCCAUCCCCAACGACACCAACAACACACCCCCGAGGCUGCGUUGUCAAACCAUGGUGCCAACCCCGAGACCACAAACCCUGAGAAUAUGCAAUGCUUAACGGUGACCAUCCUUCGAGGAAAGGACGGCUAUGGCUUCACCAUCUGCUCUGACUCCCCAGUGAGGGUACAGGCUGUCGAUCCAGGUGGUCCGGCGGAUCAGGCAGGUCUGCAGCAGCUGGACACUGUGCUGCAGCUCAAUGGUCAGCCUGUAGAACAGUGGAAAUGUGUGGAGCUCGCCCACGCCAUCAGAAACAGCUCCAAUGAGAUCACGGUUGUGGUAUGGCGCACCGGGCCGGCCGCCAAGCCCAGUUUUGAGGGCCUCAUCCACCGGCCCUCCUACAAGCCCAACUAUGACACCCCCUCGCCCCCCACCAGGCGGAGGGACAGGUCCAAGGACCGGCUAGACCGGGACAAGACCCCCCCGGCCGUGCCCCCCCUCCCUGCCCACCACAGGACCAGCCGCCGGGUGCUGGUCAACGGCUCUGAGGGGGGCGGCGGGGGAGGGGUAGGGGGGCCGUGGGGGGAGAGGGGGCGUGUAGGAGGGGGGGCGGAGGAGGUGGAUGGUAAAGCCCGGAGCCAGACCCAGACCCAGAGCCACACAGCCACGCUGAAGGGGACUAGAGUGAAGGCGUCCAACGGAGAUAACUACAUCAUCCUGGCCCCCAUAAACCCAGGAAGCCAGGUACUGGCGGAGGAGCAGAGGCUCAUGGUCCAUCCCAGGCUCCUGCCCUACCCCCUUGAUGGCACUAUCUAG